CACAUCUGCCUGUCAUCAAUCACAUGCCCCUCAUGUAUAAAAAUCCCCGCUCACAUGCCAACGCUUCUUCUUCAAACCCCAAACCCACUCCAUCUCCACCACUUGUACCCCCUAACCCUCACAUCAUCGGCCAUGAAUCUCGCUUCAAUCCCACCACCACUUCUCCUCCGCCGUCCUCCAUGUUCUCGCCGUUCUUCCGGAUCAUGCUGACUGCCACUUCCUGGCUCCGCACUCGCUGGAGCCGCUGUCUCUUUCUCAUCCUCUGUUCCCCUAUUCUUCUCCCUUUACUCUGCGCUUCUUUCCCUCUUCUGUGCGCUGUUGAGCUCUGUAUCCGCACUUGCCGUCGCGGCCGGAGGAAAAAGGACGGAGAUGACGAGGAGCGGUUGCGGCGAUGUGAAGAGGGAUUCUGCGAUUGCGAUCGGUCUGUGGAUGAGGAAAAGGAAGUUGGACUUUUGCAGAGGUAUUUGGAAGAUCAGUUAAGGCUUGUUGGAUCUGUUUAUGAGUGUGGUGAUGAAUUCGAUAGUCAAGAAGAGGAAGUUACUGUUCUAAAUCAAGAUUUCAACACUCCUCUCUUGGGUUAAUUUCUACUGAUUUUUAAUUUGUUUAACUUAAUUUUUCUUUUCUUUUUAUUUUCUUGGCUUUUGGGUUUUUGAAUCUGUGUAAAUGACACUUUGAUUGAGGGUUUCUGUUGAUCUAGGAUUUGUAACGAAGUUUGAAUUUCUGGGAAAAUUUUUCAUUUUAACAAUUUUCUUUAUUUCAUCACUGUGUAUUUAGAAUCUGAUUGGAAUUGGAAGUUUUGGAGCUGAUGAUCUCAAUCUGAGAAUGUUUGAUCUGCAAA